AUGCCCCCGCCCGAUCCGGUCCUGUUGACGCCGGCCAUGGCGUCACCGACUGGCUUCACGACAUCGCUUCGUAUACAUUCUCAGACAGAAUUCAAAAUAGCAGAGUCCACCCAGCAGCCAAUGUAUACGGGCGUAUCAUCGAAUUCAGAUAUCAUGGCUGAGAUUGCCGCCGUCUCCGGGUCGACGGGGAAAGGUAUACUGAUAGGCAUUCUCUCGGCUUUGGGCUCUGCUGGGGUUGCAAUCGUUGUGCUUACGAUUAUUUUGUUUUUCAAAUAUACUCGACGUGGUCGAAUCUUGCUUGAUAGGAUAGGAAGACCUGGAGAAUUUGACGAUGAAGAAGCAUUCGCCCGCGAGGAGGCGGAAGCCUUGGAGACGAUGGACGAUCUCUCUCGAACGGAAUACCUUCGAGCUAAAGCUUUCAUUCAAGCAAACCCGCCCGAAACCAUGCAGACUGAUAUAUCGUUAUCGCAAUUCCUCGCUAUACAAGAAAAGGGAGUGUCGGCGUGGCAAUUUGAGCCCGAGUUAGAAAUAGCCAACUGUUUUGUGGAGGCUCGAACUGAAAUCGAAUUCUUUGAUUCCGAAUGCAGCGUUCAGACCAACCUACCAGUGCCUAAACAGAACGAAGUUUAUUACUGGGAGGCGAAGAUCUACGAUAAACCGGAGUCGACUCUGAUCAGUAUUGGAAUGACUACAAAACCUUAUCCAUUGUUUAGAUUGCCAGGAUUCCACAAAACUUCAGUGGCAUAUCAGUCAACCGGCGAGCGAAGGUACAACCAACCCUUCAAAUCUCCAAGCUAUGGUCCAGAAUAUAAUCAGGGCGAUGUCAUUGGAGUGGGUUAUCGGCCUCGAUCCGGCACAAUUUUCUUCACUCGCAACGGUAAAAAACUGGAGGAUGUAGUCCAUGGUCUCAAAUCGCCAAAUUUUUUCCCAACAGUGGGUGCCAAUGGACCGUGUACAAUCCAUGUGAAUUUCGGGCAGAUGGGAUUCGUUUUUAUUGAAGCCAACGUCAAGAAGUGGGGUUUGGCUCCCAUGACUGGUAGCCUUGCACCACCGCCUCCGUAUGGAAGUGAACAAGGAAGCAUUCUGCUCGAAUCCGGUCGUGAGACCACAGCCCCUGUUGCCCCCAGUUAUCUUGAAGCUGGAUAUCGAGGUUCGCGAUCCACUGUGCCGACUAGUCCCGGACCGAUCCGGUCACCAACCGACAUAUCUCUGGCCCAGCUAGCACAUAUACCUUCGCAUGAGGACUUUGGAGAAGGCUCUAGCCGUAAUACUGUGAACACUGCAGAGGAUGGCUUAUACAUCACGGCGGCUAGUCCGCCCCCGGAAUAUUCAAGUCCAGAGUCUAGUCGAAAUAGCUUUCGCUCGGAUCAUGAGGGGGGAGAUGCUAGUCAUCCACCUGGGUAUACUGCCGUGGCGGCUGAUGAAGGGAACCAACAGCAUCACAGUCAUCACGAUGAACCAUGA